GUCACCGUGGAUGGCAUCUUGGACGCCCCUAGAGCUCCAGUCCUCCAACCAGAGCCAGCUCUCCCCUCCCAAUGCCACGUCCUGUGACAAUGCUCCGGAAGCCUGGGACCUGCUGCAUAGAGUGCUGCCAGUAUUCAUCAUCACCAUCUGCUCCUUCGGCCUCCUGGGAAACCUUUUUGUCCUGUCCGUCUUCCUCCUGCCCCGACGGCGACUGAACGUGGCAGAAAUCUACCUGGCCAACCUGGCAGCUUCCGAUCUGGUAUUUGUCUUGGGCUUGCCCUUCUGGGCGGAGAACAUCUGGAACGAAUUCAACUGGCCCUUCGGAGCCCUCCUCUGCCGUGUCGUCAAUGGGGUCAUCAAGGCCAAUUUGUUCAUCAGCAUCUUCCUGGUGGUGGCCAUCAGCCAGGACCGCUACCACGCACUGGUGCACCCCAUGGCCAGCCGGAGGUGGCGGCGGCGGAGGCAGGCCCAGGCCACCUGUGUGCUCAUCUGGGCCGUGGGGGGGCUCUUGAGUGUCCCCACAUUCCUGCUGCGGUCCAUCAAAGCCGUCCCAGAUCUGAACGUCUCCGCCUGCGUCCUGCAGUUCCCCCACGAGGCCUGGCACUUUGCGAGGAUCGUGGAGUUGAACGUGCUGGGCUUCCUCCUGCCUCUGGCCGCAAUCGUCUUCUUCAACUGCCACAUCCUGGCCAACCUGCGAGGCAGGGAGGAGGUCAGCAGGACUCGGUGCGGGGUCCCUAAGGACGGCAAGACCGCGGCGCUGAUCCUCAUUCUUGUGGCUACCUUCCUGGUCUGCUGGGCCCCCUACCACUUCUUUGCCUUCCUGGAAUUCCUGUUCCGGGUGCGAGCCAUCGGAGGCUGCUUCUGGGAGGAGUUCAUCGACCUGGGCCUGCAACUGGCCAGCUUCUUCGCUUUCAUCAACAGCUGCCUGAAUCCAGUGAUUUACGUCUUUGUGGGCCGGCUCUUCAGGACCAAGGUCGGGGAACUUUAUAAACGAUUCACCCCUAGAAGUCUCGCUCCAGGGUCCUCGUCCCACAGGAAAGAAAUCCUCCGAUGUUUCUGGCGGAAUUAAGACAGCAGUGAACAAAGAA